AUGCGCGAAGCCUACCUGGAUGCCCACUGGAGAGCGCGAACGCACACGAUGCACGUCGACAACGUCUACGUGCCGCUCUCGGACUACCGCGCCCUCCCCGUGGCCAAGACACACGUUCGCUUCGGAUGCCACCCCACCGACCGCCCCGUGCAAGCCUCGGGCUGCAGCGGGCCGUCCGACGUUCAUGCGUCCGCUGACAAGGCGGCGAGCUAUGGACGAAGCGACAGCCUCGCAGGCAUUGACGGAAUCCCCAGCGGCGCCGCCGCGAGCCGCCACGCGGGGAAGACUCACUGGCCCUCUUUCUCGCAUCGGCGUGCAGAGGGCGACUGCGUGCUCGUCUGCGGGGGGGCCUCCGCUGAGAGGGGUACCGCGGAAGCCAUGACCGCGCCACCCCCCCCAAGCCGCUCUGGGCAGACGCCGUUCAGCAGCGACGAUCUCUCGGGCCCAAACGCUGGCCCCACACAGAACGGAGACUCCUCGUGGCUGCGUCAGCACGCGCGGUACGAGGCGGAAUGGCCGAAGAUGCCCCUCUAUGCCACCGCCUACGCGUGUGCGUGGGAAUUCACUUGCUGCCCCUGGUGCAAAACGAGCAGCGCGGCUUCGCAGGAAAGCUGUGGAAUCGACGAAUUCGGGGCCGACACCGACGACGAUGCCGACUUCGGACCUGUCCUCCGACCGCAGGAAGCGGAGGCAAGGCCAAGGCCCCUCGUCGCAGGCGCGGAGCGUUGCUUCGCCCAGAAAGAGAGGGGCGUUGUGGCGUUUGGCGAGGAGGGCCAAGACGACAAAGCGACUCCGCGAGCGAAUCCCAAACCGACGACUGGUGACGAAAAGCCUCCCUUCGGGCCUGGGGGCGACCCUGGCGGCGGCGGCGUCCACAACCUGCCUUCGCGCAACGGAAGACACCGAAGGGCAAAGGGCAAACCUCCAGGCACGCGACUCAGCUCCCUCCCGUCACCCAGAGUUCAGACACAGUCGCUGGCGAGCCGUGAGACCUCCAACGCUGAGGGCGCUGCCGCACGCGAAUCACCCAACGCGAUGCCCCGCGAGCCAGACAAAGGCGUUCGCCAACACGAAGCGCGCGCUUCGUGCGUCAUCCACGCUGGUGCUCCUGCGGACUUCACGCCGUCAGAGGCGCAAGGUGCUACAUCGGCAGCGCGGGGCGCUGGAACUCCAGGCGAGAAGUCCCACCCCAUCUCCUACGCCGCCGCUGCGGCCGCCGCGAGCCACAAGGCCCAGGCAGGGCGUGCGGCGAAAGCCCUUCAAGGGAUGCGGGCUCCCGCUGUGCUUACUAAAAAUGCCGCGAACCCCGCGACGCCUCCCGCUGCGAAGAAAGGCGUCAUAACCGCCGGCUCUCAAGCCUUCCAACUGCGGCCUGAGGAGGAGAAUGCGGGCGCACACGCACCCCCUGGCAAGUCCAGAGAGAAGUUGGACGUUUCAGCGGCCACAGUGGGCGCGAGAGAGACUCUUCCUGGCGAGGGCAGUGCCGGAGGGACACGACCGUACGCUUUGCCCCAGACACGCGGCGGCGGCGGGACCCCGCGCGGGCCGCGAGGCCCGAAUCCAGCCGCGCCUGCGACACAAACGAAUGCGUCUGCCGCGUGGAAACAGAGCCACACGCGCCUGGUCGACCCGCGAAGAAGGCCUCCAAACGCACCGGCCUCUGCCCGCCAUCCGACGGUCGCGCCGUGGACGUCUGGGCUCGACGGGCCCGCGGCCCCGCCCCGCGGGCCCACGACGCAGGGCCAACUGCCCCAGCGACCGCAAGAUCGGCGCACGGCGAACAGGGGGACGAAGGAGCUUGCGCCGGUUCCGAAGCGAGCGCUGGAAAAGACAAAAUUUACUUCAGGAGAUCCGUCGGCCGGCGAGAGUCGCGGAGGCAGGAAGGCCUCGAGGAAGCACUCGCAGGCGCAGCCCCGCGACCAAAUUCGACGACACCCCUUAGCCGAUGGCGGGCGCAGUGCAGGCGAGAGCGUUUCCCCCAAGACGCGCACGCCUGCGGCGUCUCCACUCUCCUCACCCGCGCCGUUCACAGUGUCGCUCUUGGGUCCCCACCUUCACGGCGCUUCCCCGAGGCGCCACACGACGCUGCAGUCAAGCUCCAGCGUGGAGAGCUCACCUCUCGCGGCGGCGACGCCGCCUGCAUUGUUUUUCAACACGUCGUCGUUCACGGGGAACACGCAGAAGAAGACCUUCCCCUCCCGACAGGCAGAACCCUUGCACAAAGCCGCCGCGCCAGACUACGUCUCGCCUGCCUCGCCUUGCCUCCAGGUGUGGGGUUACAGACAGAGGAGACUGCGCUGA